UAUAUUUCUCAAACAUACUUUAUACUUUUAAGAUUGGUUUCUUUGAUCUACAUCGUUCUUUUUUUAUCCGCAUCAAUUUUAAUACUGUAGUCAGUUUUCAGUAUCAAACCUUCAAAAGAUUCUUAAUUACAAAAGAACUGAAACAACAAAUUUCUAACACUAUGAGUAUACAUUUAUAUAACUCACAUUUUUAAUUAAGGAUUGUAAAACUAUCUGUUUACCAAAUGAUGGAAGUACUCGACACUCCAGCUGUAAUAUAUCUUGCAUGCAAUGUCUUAACAUUAGCUUCCUUUUGUUCACCCACUCUCUCUUCUCAUUUUUUUACCAAACUCUUCUCCUCCUUCCACUAUAUAUAGCUCUCUUCUUUCUUCUUUCUUCUUCACAUUCCUCACCAAACUCAAUAACACACACACACACGUAUACACAACAAUGUCUCCUUUCAAAAUAUUCUUCUUUGCGGCUCUUCUUGCGGCUGUGUUUUCAUUCUCCGCCGCUGAUUUCAACAGCGACGUCAACGUAGCUUGGGGAAACGGCCGUGGGAAGAUACUCAACAACGGGCAGCUUCUUACUCUCUCCUUAGACAGGUCCUCUGGUUCGGGUUUUCAAUCCAAAACAGAGUAUUUGUUUGGAAAGAUCGAUAUGCAGAUUAAGCUUGUUCCUGGCAACUCAGCAGGAACCGUCACAACUUUCUACCUGAAAUCUGAAGGAUCGACUUGGGAUGAGAUAGAUUUUGAGUUCUUGGGUAACAUGAGUGGAGAUCCUUAUACUCUACACACUAAUGUUUACACUCAAGGUAAAGGUGACAAAGAGCAACAAUUCUAUCUCUGGUUCGACCCAACAGCGAACUUCCACACUUACUCAAUCCUCUGGAACCCUCAAAGAAUCAUAUUAACAGUCGACGGUACACCAAUUAGAGAGUUCAAAAACUCUGAGUCAAUCGGUGUUUUGUUUCCAAAGAGCAAGCCGAUGAGGAUGUACGCGAGUCUUUGGAACGCAGACGAUUGGGCAACGAGAGGUGGUCUGGUUAAAACGGAUUGGUCCAAAGCUCCAUUCAUGGCUUCUUACAGGAGCAUCAAGAUCGAGGGGUGUGCUCAUAUAAACGGAAGAUCGUCUUGUAGCCCAAGCUCUAGUUGGUACACUCAACAAAUGGAUGCGACUAGCCAAGCUAGACUCAGAUGGGUUCAGAAGAAUUACAUGAUCUACAACUACUGUACGGACCGUAAGAGGUUCCCACAGGGAAUCCCUCGUGAAUGUGCACCAAGCGCAUAGAAUAUUUUAAUUAUAAAGUAUAUAAUAUAUACUUCUGUGUGAAUGCUCUAUGUUUCUUCUUUUGUUGCUUGGGUUUGAUUCUUUCGAGUGUAUAUUUAUGUCCAGUAACGCAAAAGGUGUGUAUAUUUAUAAAUCUAUAUAUGUAAAGAGUCUAAAAGAUGUCUUUGUCAGUAAAAUAACAUGUUUAUGAAAAUGAUUACUUUUCUAUU